UCCUUUAACACUAGACUUGACGCAGGUUUCUGUUAGUCUGUGGUUCAGCCCCAUCUUCAGCUGAGCGGCGUGUGCUCCUCCGGGGUGACGGAGACAGCUGGUCCUGCCCUGCUGCAGAGGAGCUAAGCGGGGGGACUGCGCACCGCCUCCGGCCGCAGCCACAGACACGGGCCGGGGAUGGCGUCGCCUUGCGUGGGGAUGCAUCUCAUCCGCAAGCGGGGAGCAGGCAGGAGCACCGCGGUGGAGAGGAGGAACCUGCUCACGGUGUGCCGGUUUUCAGUGAAGACUUUGCUGGACCGCUCAUGUUUUGAGACAAUAGAUGACUCGUCUCCAGAGUUCGUUAACUUUGUUUCCAUCCUGGAGCACAUCCUCAGCCAUCGACUCAAAGGUCAGACAACUUGGUUUGGCUAUGAGAGUCCUCGGAGUUUCUGGGAUUACAUAAAAGCUGCCUGCAGUAAAGUCCCUCAUAAUUGCAUCCGGAGCAUCGAGAGCAUGGAGAAUGUGCGAUUAUCGAGAGCUAAAGGCAGAGCGUGGAUCAGAGUGGUCCUGAUGGAGAAAAGAUUAUCAGAAUACAUCUCAUCUGCACUGAGGGACUUCAAAACGACCAGGAGGUUUUACGAGGACGGAGCGAUCAUGCUGGGAGAGGAGGCAGGGCUGUUAGCAGACACACUCAUCGGACUCAACACUAUCGACUUCAGCUUCUGUCUGAAAGGAGAGGGUGUAGAUGGCAGCUGCCCCGCCGUGAUCGACUACACGCCUUACCUGAAGUUCACCCAGAGCGCGGGCAGCAUCAGCAGUGACGAGGAGGAGAUGAGGACUCUGGGGAGCAGCGGCAGUGAAAGCAGCACUCCCGACAAAAUGGCCACCGCCGCCUCCAUCUUCACCGAGCAGAGCACCUUGGUCAGCAAGUGCAAGCGCUUUGAGCAGAAGUAUCGCAUGGCGCUGGAGCAGAAGGGUUACCUGGAAGAGCUGGUCCGUCUACGAGAAGCCCAGCUGUCAGAGGCUGUGUCUCAUAACAAAGCUCUUCAGCAGAGCCUAGCAGACACACACCUCUCCCACACACUGGAGAAAGAACAGCUUGAGUACAUCAUACUGGAACUACAGGACCAACUGACAGUGAUGAAGAACAAUGAUUUGCGGUCCAGACAAGAAUUGACAGCCCAUCUGACCAAUCAGUGGCCGUCUCCUGUCGCCUUGGAUGCCAACGCCGUUGCCUUGGACACGCUGCUGUACAGGAAGAGCACGGGACAGUGGGAGGAGAAGAGUUUCCAGAGUCUGGAGCAGCUGUCUGCAAACAUGAGCCUCUCCCAGACUUCUCUCGAGCCGUCACACACGCUGAGUCUGGAGGCCAGGUCGGCCAGCACACACUGGCCCCACCAAGGUAAAGAGGAAACUCCGUCUCUAAGAGGUCUGUGUGGCUCCCUGACCUCAGUCGCCAGCUACAAGUCUCUGGCCAGCCUGAAGUCCAGUGAGUGUUUGGCCAGUUCUGCAGCAGAGAUCAGCAGCCCAGGCAUCACUCCUUCAUAGGGAAUGUAGAGCUGAACAAACAGAUCACCACCAGGGCCAGACAAUCCAGGAACUUUCUAAGUGUAGGUGAUGUUGACGUGCUGUCUGUAGAAGUUUAUGUUCUGUAUUUGGGGCCCAGAACUUUAACAAAUGGAAGAAAGGUUUGCAGGUUGAGAAUCUGGUGUAGCAUGUUCUUUGAAUUGUGUGAAAACUCAAGAGCAGCUCCAUCAGACCGAAUAAUGUCUUAAUAAUGUACCAUUCAGCUGAAACAACCUCUGACUCUUUAUAGAGGAUCUGCACCUGUAACUUCAUCAAUGUGUUUAAAAUAUUUUGUUUUGUUGGUGUUUUUUAUCUGCAGAGCAUCUGUCACCCCCCCCCCCCCCCACUAGUGUCACUUUACACUAUUGAGAAGACAGUGAUAAGCAAGUAUUUUCACCCCUCGAAAAAGGUUUUCCAGGAGAUUAUAGCAUGCUGAAAAUACUGCAGACUGUGGAGCAGAUCAGAGUUUAGGAGAAACACAGUAAGCCACAGUCAGUGUUUAGUCUUGUCACUACGAAUUAUUUCCUGCAGUUAAAAGGGUCCUUGAACAGUUUUUUAAUCUAGCAAUUUCUUUGAUUUAUGAUGGUGACUGUACUUCCACUUUUGUCAUCGAAGUUUUGCAUAAUGUAGUCUCACAUUUUGUUCUCAGGUGUAAAUGUUCCUGCACCCGUUUUUUAUUUAAUUUAAUCAGUUUUAUGUCGUCAGUGUUGUGCUUAAUGCUGCAUUACAUGAUUUCUUUCUCAGGUAAUGAUCACUGAUUAAUAAUCACCCUUCAGUUCUGGGUUUUCUUUACAGUUCAGCUUUAUCAGAAACAGACUAUUGUUGUUAUUCCCUUUAAAUAUUCCAAUGCAGUAUUCCAAUGGCUGGUUACCACAAAUAAAUAAUUCAUAAAACUCUGAAUAAUGAUCUGUUAUCUUACAAUAGAUAUUUUGAGAAUGAGAAUCAAGUGUAUUUGCAGAGCAUCAGUAUAAUGUAAUUUGUAUUAUUGGUGACUAGCCGUGUACCUCAACACUUAACUCAUGCCUUUAGCUCGUUCCAGCAGUCAUUUGCACAGACGUACAGCAGAUGUUUUAUUGGAUUUGUUUGCCUUUUUAUCAUUUUGAAUAAACUCCUCUUACUCAAACAGUGA